AUGAGUGAGGUUGGGGCUGCCGACCGCGCACGCCUUUUGCGAUCAAAACGCACCGAACUCAGCAAAAUUGUUACGUCGCGUAAGAGGAAGCUUCGCGAAUUCUACGCAGUUUGCGACAAUGAGGGCCCCGUUCCUCAAACCACCCUCACGAGUAAUGACGCGCCACCACCCACGCCUGCAGAAAAACACUUCCUCGAUGUCUGUGACAUCUCUCUGAAACGACCCUUCGACGCAUCCAACCUCCCAACGCGUCGAUCAUUACGAUCUAAUGCCCAGAAACAACGCUCACCUAUACGAAAACCGAGUAAUGAUGGCCAUCCCGCGGAAUCAUCGCGCAAGCCGGCGAAGACACAGCGCGAUGGAUCGAGAACGAGGAAGAGUCGGCCCACAACACCUAGUGCAAAGAGUGACUGGCGCCCGUCUACCCCAGUAGUUGAGAUCAGGAAUGGAGGGCAAGCUGUACUCUCAGCGGACAUGCAGAGACCGAAUUCGAAGGGCUCGCAGACAGAUCUUCCUCCAGAAUCAGCUACUGUCUUGAACCAGAUAGUCGAAGAAACUUUUGAGAAUGCGGCACGGCCCCAAUUCGAAGUCGCAGAUACCGUUGUUCCAGUGAAGGACCUAGAGAGUGAUAGAAUUCGGACGACGGUGGAGAGCAGGCCAAAUAGCCCAGGUGUUGAUCCAAGGAAAGCCAUGCCAAUAUCAGCUGAGGAUGCUGCAGAAUUAAAUGAACCUCUCGUAGAAGGACUCGGCUCGCACGAUACUCACCAUAAGGCUGCGACAGUACAUCUGCCUCCAAAGGAAGUCCAAGAACGCAAUAUUCGAGAGCGAGAAAGGGCACGCGAGCAGAAGGAGGAGGCCAGGCACUUGUUGAUCAACCUACCACCUAGGGACGGCGGUCGGAAUGCUGAACUUGUGUCUUCGCCAAGCUCAACUGUCGAUGCAAAUUCAGCUACUACUCCGGCGUUACAUGAUACUUCAACCGAUACAAGUCCAGAGAACGAUAAUUCUCGAUAUGAUGCUGAGAGGCUAGACAAAGAUGACGAUGUUCAGACUCCGCCGGAAUUGAAGCCAACACCAGAAGAAGUUGCUGAGAAAGAACACCACGACAGAAUCCUGGAUGCUCAGAUAGAGGUCUCGCGGAGGGAAAUUCUUCAAAGCAGCCCUUCUGCUGCGGACAAUCAACUACGGAUGGAGGAGCAACAAGCUGCAACAAUGACUAGAACGAUGGGAGAUGAGCCACAGCCAGAUGGUACUAGUGAAGAUGAAGGCGAUGCCCUUACGAAGGGGGCCCACGAAGUUGUGGAAGACGCCAUGGAAGAUCAAGAUGAAGUAGUUGCGGUGCCCACCCCUGAAGAUGUUUUGAUGUCUGGCGUGGAGGGAUCACAUGAGAAGCCCAAAGAUCUAGAAAGUAGACCCCGCGAGGUGGCUGAUUCUGAGGCUGAAGAUGACGUCCCAGUCGAUGCGAUGGAUAUCGACGCAACUACGGUCAAAGACUCAUUUGAGAGCAGUGAAGCACUUGAAAGCCUUAAUCCACCUGCUUCUGCUCGCGCCGACUCCCCUGAACCAGCAGCAGUUCCACCCGGCGACGAAUCGUCAGCUACUCCAGCUGAAGCGACCCAUCAGAGGACACCUUCAAUCGCUGCUGCUACCCCUGCUUUGGAACGUUCGACAACCCGGUUGUCUUCGGGUGCCAUACGGCACAAGUCAGUGAACGAAAUUCUAGGAGAGAUUCCACGACCCAAUACAUCGAAUUCAGAGAGAACUCCAACAAAACUGAACACCGAUUCGGGCUCAGCCGAGAAUUCAGGUUCCCCCUCACGGAGUACCACCCCUCAAUCUCCUGGAACCCGUAUUCGGAGUUUGGUUGAGAAAGCUAAAGAUAGGGAACGGAGCAAACUUUCACAUGUCACAUUUUCACGGGCUCGACCAAACAAGUCAGGUUCUAAUGAUACUGCACUGAUGCCUUCUGGUCCACAAGUAUCAAAGACACAUGAUGAUUACUUCAAGCCACUUUUCAUCGCUUCGGCUGCUUCAGACCGGAGGGGAAUCCCAACCCUUGAUAGUUUGCUAGCCACGGCCCAUAAGACAAUCACGACUUCCAAUGCAUAUGUCCCCCUACAGGAAACGCAAACCGUCAAGGUUCUCAAGCGCAUAUACCAAUUGCAAUCAGGGAACAAAUGGACCCUACGGCAGCCAAAACGUGCCCCAGAGCCUAACAGGCCUACUACCCAGUGGGAUGUUCUCCUUCAAGAAGCAAAGUGGAUGCGAACUGAUUUCAGAGAGGAACGCAAGUGGAAAACGACUGUAGCUAGGAAUUUGGCUUCCGCAUGUGCUGAAUGGGUUGGAGCCAGCCCAGAAGAUCGGAAACUACUGCAAGUAAAUGCCACUUCUCCACCCUUAGCAGAGCCCUUGAGGGAUACCGAGAUGAGCGACUCAGAUCCCUCGCACCCUACACCUGAUCUUAUCGCUUCUGGAGAAUUUGGUUCCCCCAUGGAAGAUCUUGAUGAGGAACCCCGCCUUGACCUCAUGGAGACUGUUGCUCCAACGGCCAUUUUUGCUUUACAGGACGACGAUGUUGUCUUUGGCCUACGGAGAUCUCCUACCGCCGAUAAGCUCCUUGCAGAGCUGCCUAUGUACGGGGCUCCAUUAAGCGUCCCGCAGUCUGAUAUACCAACUUCAGAGAUCGAUCCUGAUCGAGCCUGGCGACGACCAGCGCUCCCGUUGAGCAAAUACGUCGAAGGCCGGAUGGAGUUGAAAUUGGAGGGUCCUCCUAGAAAGAGGAGCCGAUUUGAAUAUGAACACGAAGACGACGAUGAGGAUGAAGUCGUAUUUGCAUAUUCGCGAUCGUAUUCAUUCAUCACAUCAAUCCGACCGCCAUCAGAAUUUCCGAUGCCGCUACAAAGUUUCUUUGAGACUAGAAUUGCAUCUCAGUGGACCUGGGAUGAAGACAACGAAUUGAAAACUCUCGUCCGAGAGUACUCCUACAACUGGUCUCUUAUUUCGAGUAUGCUCGCUAGUAAAUCCAAUUUCUCAUCUGGUGCAGAACGUCGCACACCUUGGGAAUGCUUUGAGCGCUGGAUCCACCUCGAGGGUUUGCCUGCUGAUAUGCAGAAGACGCAUUAUUUCAGAGCCUAUACUACACGCAUCGAGGCUGCUAAUCGGAAUGUAAUGGCUCAAGCUGCUGCAGUCCAACCAGGGGUUGCACCGAAUGGGCAAAUCCAACCACCUUCUCGGAGGAGAACCACGACGAGUGUUCGAGUCGAGCGCCGGAGAAACCAAAAGCAUCUCACAUUGGUUGAUGCAAUGAGGAAGUUAGCCAAGAAACGGGAAACGGCCAUCCAGAAGCAACAGCAAGCUGCUGGUAUGGCAGCACUUCGGAAAGCCAAUGAAAACCACAAUCCUGCGCCACGCGGUCCGAAUCAUAGUCCCCAAGACUUCAGUCGGAUCAAGCAUGAACGUGAAGAGCAGUUCAAGGAACGGGUGAUUGCGCUUCAACAGAGACAGGAAGCGCAACGAAGGGCUGUGCUGGCUCAGCAGAGAAACCCCGCCCAGAAUCUCCAACAAGGUCUGGCUAACGGCUCCCAACCACGUGGCCCCCCUCCUGUAAAUAAUCCGUUGGCACCGAAUGGAAACCCGAGUAACUCUGGCCAAAAUCUUACCGUACCUGGACAGAACCGACCCCCACGUCCAAUGCCCCCUCAAAUGGGACAACCUGGAUCUAAUGGUCUGCGUGUUCCCCAACUUCCCAUGAAUGGUAUGCCACCAGGCCCAGGACCAAUGCAAGGUAUGCAACCGCAAAUGCCAAUGCAGCCAACUGUGGGACUCGUGACCCAAGCCGCUCAAACGGCCGAAAAUCAACGUGCAUUGAUCCAGAUGCAACAGCAACAAGGAAAGGUUCCCGGCCAAUCACCUCAGAUGCACAACUCCCCACCGCGAUCCAACGGUAUCCCUCAACCUCAUGGUUUUCCGAUGCAGAACAUGAUGGGCUUCAACAGCAAUGCCAACGGUAUUUCUACACCCCCAAUGAAUGGCAUGACAUCUUCUCCCGGUCAAACACACGGCCAAGUUAGUUCUCCCCGAAUGGGCCAACUCCCCUUCUCCCAAGACCAACCCAACAACACUAUCGCCCGCAUGGAAGCAACACUGCGAAAACAAUAUCCCAAUCUUCCCACGGAUCAGAUUAUGACCAUGAUGACGGACCUGCUCAAACGAAACGCCUCACAGCAAAGACAACAGGGUCUGCAGAGCGGACUCGCGCAGAGUGCUAUGAAUGCAGCAGCAGGUUCCGGAACCGGAAUGAUGGAUGCGAAUGGUCAAGUUCCAAGACAAGCGAAUAACAGCCCUCAAGGGCAACAGCAGCAGGCCUAUGCGCAGAUGCUAGCGCGACAACACGAGAAUCAGAAACAAGCAGAGCAGGCGCGACAAGCAGCGAAUGCGCUUUCUGCUGGGCCCCCUCAAAACCGGGGCGAGAACGGGACUCCAGUCCAAGGACAUGCCCAUAUGAAUAGUUCUACGAGUGUUCAGAGUGGGAAAUAA